AUGUCGGAUUUCCUCCACUUUUACGAUGAGUAUGACGACGAGAGGCCGAUAGCUGAACCAGUCGAGAACCGUGGUCGUCGCAAGAACCCUGCCGUCGAUUUGCCAGUAAUACUCCGCACGCGUAAUGAUGAUGAGAACGGCGAGGUUCACGGGAAUAACGGUGUCGAGACUGACUCUGCAAUCGACUUCACCUUCAUGUCGGUCUACCAGGAAGGUGCUAAUGGCAAACGGCAGCUUAUGCGUGUCCAAGGAGGCCGAGCUGCGGCACCCAAAGCUAUCAAUACACAAGCCGAUGAUGAUGAUGCCAUGCUGGUAUGGAUGAAAAACAUGGGCUACUCGGACAAACAAGUAGUUGACGCUUUCGCGCGUGACGGCCGAACUGUCUAUUCGACUACCAGUAUUACUGGUCGCUAUACUAGGGUCUUGCGUGCCCAAGAAAAUGAAUAUGACGAGCUCCUUGAACGAGAACUUGUCGAAUGGACUGCUGAAGAUGACGAAGAACUUAUGAAGGCAUACCAGAAAGUAAAUGAAGAGAUUUACGCUGCAUUCAAACGGAUUCGUGAUAAACGAUUUCGAAUGGUUGCCACGGCAAUGCGUAAAGAAGUGCCUACUUCCAAGUAUUCUGCGAAAGCUUGCUACGACCGAUACAAUGGCCUUGUAAAUGGCACUGCUUGCAUCCCAGUCGAUGUUCACGACGAGCCCGAGAGAGUCAAGACUGAGCGAGACGCUCGAGUUGCAGCAGCUGAGAACGAAAGACGCAAGAACUUAGCACUCGAGGCGGCCGCAAUCAAGAAACAAGAGGCUCAAGAGGCAACGGCCAAGCGUCUCAAGGAGAUGCGUACUGUAAAGGCCAUGGAUCGUAAAGAAGAACGUCUCAAGAAAGAGACUGAGAUGCGGUUGAAUAAGGCAGCUGAGGCUAAGGCCGCAAUGUUCGCCCACCACAUCAAGGUACGUGCUGCAAGAGACAAAGGCAAGCAGGUGGCUGCCGACGAUGAGAUAGGCUCAGAUGACGAUGAGAGAGUCAUCGACCCGCGAGAGGACAUGUCAGUGGAGGAUCUCCGACAUCUAUGCAAGAAGAAGGGGAUCAACAAUAGGGGCAAGAAGUUGCAGAUGGUCAAUCGUCUCUACGUUAGUGAUGAGAGAAUGACUAUUCCAGCACUGAAGGCACGAUGCCGCGAGAUCGGCCGCCCAACCGGCGGAACCAAGGACAUGCUUUUGUACCGUAUCGCCGAUCAUGAGGCUCGUUCAUACUCCAAGCCUAUCGAAAAGCGCCGCAAGAAAGCCCUCAGUAAGGCUGAAAAGGCUCAGGCUCAGGAGGACCAAGAGUUGCAUGACAUGUUCCACAAGAUCAAUGCCAUCUGA